GUUAAUACUAUAAAAUAAAAUAAAAACCUUUCCCACUUGGUGGUUUCUUCACUGUGUCUCACAUCUCUUCGUCUUCUCCGCCUCCUCCAAUCUCACUCCGAUCUCUCUACGAUUCACUAAUCUUCAAUGGCUUCCAUUGCUGCUUCUUCUUCUACUUCUCUGCUAGCUCGUCCUCGCCAACUGGUGAUUGCGGCUAAUCAAGUUAAAUGCUUUAGCUAUGGAAGAAGAAGCUAUCUUUCUUUUAAUCUUCGCCAGCUCCCUACCCGCUUGACUGUUUCCUGCGCUGCAAAACCUGAGACAGUGGAAAAGGUGUGUGCAGUUGUCAGAAAGCAACUAUCACUUAAAGAGGAAGACGAAGUUACUGCUGCUACCAAAUUUCUUGCACUUGGUGCUGAUUCUCUUGACACGGUGGAGAUUGUGAUGGGACUAGAGGAAGAGUUUGGGAUUGAAAUGGCGGAGGAGAAAGCACAGUCAAUUGCGACAGUUGAACAGGCAGCUGAGCUCAUUGAGGAGCUCUUGUUGGAAAAGGCCAAGUAGACUAUCGUUUUAUUACAUUAGCAAAAACCCAAACCACUACUAUCUUCUUAUUGAUUCGUUAGCUAGAGAGCAAUUGUGUCUGUUGAGAUUUUAUCCUAUAUUUUGGGAAACUUAUUACAAAGCUUGUAUUUGAAUUUAUCUUUCUUCUAAAACAUUUGUACUUCCACCUUCAAAAAACUUUUACUUUCUGGUAUGCAAACAUAAGUUUCAAUAA